AUGGAAGAAUUUACUGAAGAAUCGAGAACGAUGGAAGAAUUCACUGCAUUUGAUGAAGAUAAAGCGAAAUUUGUAAAAUUAACAGUUGGUCUUCCAACAACUACGUUAAUUCCGCAUUUGAAUCAACCUUCAGGUGGAGCUUUUAGCGAUAAUGAUGACACGAUGAGAAGUGAUACUUCAUCUUGGACAAUUGUUUUUGCCAUUAUUUUCGCACUAAUGAUAUUAGCGGGAGCAUGUACUACAUUGGUAUUCCGUUACGUACGUCGUUCACGUAAAUUACACGGGAAAUAUAAUCCAGCACGCGAAGAAAGUAUACUAUCAAGUAGCUAUUCAAUGCCUAUGGCUACCGUUACCAAGGAAGAGCGGCUUAUUUAG